CGAGACACCCGGCAGGACACACACGCUUCCUGCAGACACACGCACGCUCACGCGCUGAGUCUCCCCGCGGAGCUGCUCGGAUACAAAUCUCACGCGCCGUCUUUGACCUCGUCUCUUCUUCAGGUGGUGGCCACUGACGGGGUCCGGGCUAUGAUGGAGUCGGCCCUGACAGCCAGAGACCGGGUGGGGGUGCAGGACUUUGUCCUGCUGGAGAACUACACCAGCGAAGCAGCCUUCAUCGAGAACCUGCGCAAACGCUUCAAAGAGAACCUCAUCUACACGUACAUUGGUUCGGUGCUGGUGUCCGUUAACCCGUACAAAGACCUUGAGAUCUACACCAAGAACCACAUGGAGCGAUACCGAGGGGUCAACUUCUACGAGGUGUCACCACACAUCUACGCUGUGGCCGAUAACGCGUACCGCUCCAUGAGGACGGAGAGGAAGGACCAGUGCAUCCUGAUCUCGGGGGAGAGCGGCGCCGGGAAGACGGAGGCGUCCAAGAAGAUCCUGCAGUACUACGCCGUCACCUGUCCGGCCAGCGAUCAGGUGCAGACAGUCAAAGACCGCCUGCUGCAGUCCAACCCCGUGCUGGAGGCCUUCGGUAAUGCCAAGACGUUGCGUAACGACAACUCGAGCCGUUUUGGAAAGUACAUGGACAUUCAGUUCGACUUCAAGGGCGCCCCGGUGGGAGGACACAUCAUCAACUACCUCCUGGAGAAGUCCCGCGUGGUCCACCAGAACCACGGCGAGAGGAACUUCCACAUCUUCUACCAGCUGAUCGAGGGCGGCGAGGAGGACCUGCUGAGGCGCCUGGGCCUGGAGAGGAACCCGCAGCAGUACCAGUACCUGGUCAAGGGAAACUGCCCCAAAGUGAGCUCCAUCAACGACCGCAGCGACUGGAAGGUGGUGAGGAAGGCCCUGUCUGUCAUCGGCUUCAACGAGGACGACGUGGAGGAGCUGCUGAACAUAAUUGCCAGCGUGCUCCACCUGGGCAACGUGCAGUACGGCGGCGAGGAUGGCACGGCCUGCAUCACCUCCGACACGCAGAUAAAGUACCUGGCCAGGUUGUUAGGAGUGAAUGGGAGCGUGCUGACGGAGGCACUCACACACAAGAAGAUUAUCGCCAAGGGAGAGGAGCUAAUGAGCCCGUUGAACCUCGAGCAGGCGUCAUCGGCUCGGGAUGCUCUGUCCAAGGCGGUGUACGGACGCACCUUCACCUGGCUGGUGAACAAGAUCAACACUUCGUUGGCGUAUAAGGAUGACUCCCAGAAGAGUUACUCGGUCAUCGGCCUGCUGGACAUCUACGGCUUUGAGGUCUUCCAGAACAACAGCUUUGAGCAGUUCUGCAUCAACUACUGUAACGAGAAGCUGCAGCAGCUCUUCAUCGAGCUCACGCUCAAAUCUGAGCAGGACGAGUACGAAGCCGAGGGCAUCACGUGGGAACCGGUUCAAUACUUCAACAACAAGAUCAUCUGCGACCUGGUGGAGGAGAAGUUCAAAGGCAUCAUCUCCAUCCUGGAUGAGGAGUGUCUUCGACCCGGGGACGCCAGCGAUUUCACCUUCCUGGAGAAGCUGGAGAGCACCGUGGGAGGACACCCGCACUUUGUCACUCACAAGCUGGCAGAUCCAAAGACCCGGAAGGUGAUGGGCCGAGAGGAGUUCAGGCUGCUGCACUACGCUGGAGAGGUCAACUACAACGUCAACGGUUUUCUGGACAAGAACAACGACUUGCUCUUCAGAAACCUGAAAGAGGUGAUGUGCAUGUCUGAGAACAAGAUCCUGACGCAGUGCUUCGACCGAGAGGAGCUGAGUGACAAGAAGCGGCCGGACACGGCAGCCACGCAGUUCAAGUCCAGUCUGGCGAAGCUCAUGGAGAUCCUCAUGUCCAAGGAGCCGUCCUACGUGCGAUGCAUCAAGCCCAACGACUCCAAGCAGUCAGGGCGGUUCGACGACGUUCUGAUCCGCCACCAGGUGAAGUACCUGGGCCUGAUGGAGAACCUGCGGGUGAGGAGAGCCGGCUUCGCCUACAGGCGGCGCUACGAGGUCUUCCUCCAGAGGUAUAAGUCCCUGUGUCCGGAGACGUGGCCUAACUGGCAGGGGAGGCUGGCGGAGGGAGUGUCCACUCUGGUGAAACACAUGGGAUACAAACCUGAGGAGUAUAAAAUGGGCAGAUCCAAAAUCUUCAUCCGCUUCCCAAAGACUCUGUUUGCCACCGAGGACGCUCUGGAGACCAGGAAACACAGUCUGGCCACCAAGCUGCAGGCGGGAUGGAAAGGAUACAUCCAGAGGACCAAAUACAAAAAGCUCCGGUCAGCAGUAAUCACCAUCCAGGCCUGGUGGAGAGGCAUCCUCGCCCGGAGGAGAGCCCAGCGCAGACGGCAGGCGGCUAACACCAUCCGCAGGUUUAUCAAAGGCUUCAUCUAUCGCCAUAAGGAGCGCUGCCCGGAGAACGAGUACUUCCUGGAUUACGUGCGAUACUCUUUCCUCAUGAACCUGCACAGGAAUCUGCCGAAGAACGUCCUGGAUAAGAGCUGGCCCACGCCCCCGGCCGCGCUCACCGAGGCGUCCGAGCAUCUCCGCAAGCUGUGCAUGCAGAACAUGGUGUGGAAGUACUGUAAGAAGAUCAGCCCGGAGUGGAAGCACCAGAUGGAGCAGAAGGUGGUCGCCAGCGAGAUCUUCAAGGACAAGAAGGACAACUACCCGCAGAGCGUGCCCAAACUCUUCGUCAGCACCAGGCUCAACGGCGAGGACAUCAACCCCAAGGUGGCUCAAGCUCUGGGCAGCGAGAAGAUGAAGUACGCCGUUCCCGUCACCAAAUACGACAGGAAGGGCUACAAAGCCCGACCGCGACAGCUGCUGCUCACCGGGAACGCCGUGGUCAUCGCAGAGGAGGGAAAACUCAAGCAGCGCAUCGACUACUCCGCGCUCAAAGGCAUCUCGGUGAGCUCCCUGAGCGAUGGCGUAUUCGUCCUGCACGUUCCCAGUGACGACAACAAGCAGAAGGGAGAUGUGGUUCUGCAGAGCGACCACGUCAUCGAGACUUUGACCAAAGUCGCCAUCUGUGCUGACAAAGUCAACAGCAUCAACAUCAACCAGGGCAGUAUAAAGUUUACAGCAGGGCACGGGAAGGAAGGGAUCAUCGACUUCACACCCGGAUCAGAACUGCUGGUGGCCAAGGCCAAGAACGGACACUUGGCUGUGACGGCUCCCAGACUCAACUCCAGAUGAUGGCCACAAUGACCCCCGACCCGCUCCGGACCCCCUCCGGACUCCCCUGACCACUCCCAUCCUCCAAUCACACGACCGCAGACCCGCUCUGCCUAAGCCAAUCAGACGCCAGCUGUCACUACCUGUGUGACAUGUGCUUCCAAUUAAAAAAAAAAAAGAAAGAAAAGAAAAAACACACAAAAAAAAAUACAAAGAAAAAUCCAGCAAACUAAU